AUGGUUGACGAUACUUACGUUAUCGUGAAAUACGAUUAUUAUGCGCAAGAAAGGCAAGAAUUGACGAUUAAGAAAAAUGAAAGGCUUAAACUUAUUGAUGAUUCGAAAAAUUGGUGGAAGGUUGUAAACGAGGAUAAUAUGGUUGGUUUUGUGCCAUCAAAUUACGUUCGGAAAGAGUCAUUUGUUGAUAAAGCUAAAGGAACGAUAAAGGGAUUCGGUAACAAAAGUAAGAAAUUUCCGAUGGAUAAUAAACAAGUGAAUGGUAUUAUUUUACACUUGUUGCAGGUUGAGAAUAUAACAUCGUAUGCUGUUGCAAAAUAUUCAUAUGAACCACAGCGAGAAGAUGAAUUGAGGCUGUCAAAAGGUGAUGUCGUUACUGUCACUGAAAAAAGUUCAGACGGUUGGUGGAAAGGGCAGUGCCAUAGUCAAACUGGUUGGUUUCCAUCGAACUAUAUUGACGAAUCGCCACCAAAUACUUAUUUUUCAUCAUCAAAGGCUCCAUGCAAUAUUAGCAGUGUAAUAAGUGUUGUAAUAACGUUAUAUUCAUUCGAUGCUCAGAAUGCUGAAGAAUUAUCUUUUCGAAAGGGUGAACGACUAGAAAUAACUGACCAUCCGGCUCACGAUCCAGAAUGGUGGAAGGCGCGGAAUUCAAAAGGAAGUACAGGACUUGUUCCAACUAAUUAUAUUGAGCAGGUACUAAAAUCAAAAGUUUCUCCUGCGAAACUAAGUGGGCCCUACUCAAAUCAGCCAUGGUAUUAUGGUAAGGUGACCAGAGAUGAAAGUGAUGCUUUAUUGAAUCAACGCGGCAUUGAUGGAGAUUUUUUGGUAAGAGACAGCGAAAGCAAUCCUGGUGAUUAUUCAAUAUCGCUGAAAGCAACUGGCCGAAAUAAACAUUUUUGGGUGCAAGUGGAUAAUGGAAAUAAGACUUUUAAAAUUGGCACUCGUAUUUUUACAACAAUGGAUGCAUUAUUGAAGCAUUAUAUGGCCAGUCCUAUAUAUACAAAUGACAAAACAAAUGAGCGGCUGUUUUUGAUAAAACCACUGCCAAAAUGA